UUGGGAUUCCCAUUAUGAGUGAGUCUUUGUUACAUCUUCUUCUUCAUCCUCGACAACAGGCAGGCAUUGUAGACGAUUCUUUGAAUAGGCUGGCACUUUUCACGAAUCCUACUCGAGCUUUCUUUCUGAGAUAUCAUAUUCUUUCUCUCUUGUACAAUACAAGUAAACAUACUUGCUUGUUCCAUUCACUUCCUGUUCGAUUCUUUGCUUUAUAUUUUUGGGACCGCCACUUCUAUAUAUCCUCUCUUUUCGCCCCCAACUCAAAUACAAUACAGCUGCUCUGGAAGCACGCAUAUCACACGAUAUUUACAUAUCAUACCAAACUCGAUAUACCACAAAAAACUUUCAAAAUGAAGUCCUUCUUCACCACCUUCUUCCUAGCCACCAUGGCCACCACAACCUUCGCCCACAUGGAGAUGUCGGACCCCCCGCCCCUCCGUAGCAAGUUCAACAAACUCGCCACCAACCCCGACUACAGCAUGACCUCCCCCCUCUCCGCCUCCGGCUCUGACUUCGCCUGCAAAGGCUUCCUCUCCGACCUCGGCACCGCGGCCGGCGGCUCCGUCGCCUCCUGGGCCGCUGGCUCCGAGCAAAAAUUCACCAUCGUCGGCGGCGCCCCGCACAACGGCGGAUCCUGCCAAGCCAGUCUCUCUUUCGACAGCGGGAAGACCUUCAAAGCUAUCCACUCCUACAUCGGCAACUGCCCGCUCGUCCCGGAUUACAAGUUUACCGUCCCUGCUGACGCAAAGGCGGGGCCGGCGGUCUUCGCUUGGACUUGGUUCAAUAAGGUCGGGAAUCGCGAGAUGUAUAUGAAUUGCGCUAGUGUCACUAUCACAGCUGGAUCGGGCUCCGCAGCUGUUGCUUUCUCGGCGCGUCCGGAUAUGUUCGUCGCUAACACGGGUACCGGAUGCACGACCCUCGAGUCAUCAGAUCUUCUGUUCCCUGACCCAGGACCAGACGUCACCAACGACAGCGCCGGCACAGCCGCCCCAGUCGGAUCCUGCGCCAGCGGCUCCGGCAGCGGCUCUGGCAGCGGCAGCGGAAGCGGCAACACCGUCGCCUCCGCCUCCGUCGUAGCCCCAGCAGCCCCAACAGGCUUCACAACCUCCAUCAUCCCCUCCACAACCAACACCGCUCAAUCCGGCUCCACCGCCCCCAAAACCCCCACCGGCGGCGCACUCACCCCCUCCACGAACGGCGAGUGCGGCGGCCCGCAAACCUGCGCUGGCUCGGCCUUCGGCCAAUGCUGCUCUAAAUACGGGUACUGCGGCGUGACAGCCGCUCACUGCGGGGAGGGCUGCGAUCCUACCUUAGGCACGUGCGGGUCCUCUGCGUCUGGAGCUGCGGGGACAGCGGCCGUGGUGAGCUCGGGGGCUGCAAAGGCGACAGCGAAUACUUUUUUAGCUGUUUCAAACGCCGUCGCUGGUACUAAGUCGUCUGGCGGCGCACUCACAGUCUCCACGGAUGGCGUGUGCGGCGGCUCGGUAACGUGUGCUGGCUCGGCGUUUGGACAGUGCUGCUCGCAGUACGGGUACUGCGGUGAUGCGUCUGCUUACUGCGGGCAGGGGUGUAAUUCUGCUUUUGGCAUUUGUGGCGCCUCUGUGGGGACGAAGAGUUCUUUGGCUGUCGCGAACGUGGCUGGGAGUAAGCCGGAGGGAGGGGAGAUGGUGACGAAGACGGAGACGGAGGUGGUGUAUAGCACUGUCUAUGUGACGGAUAGGGCGGCGGCGACGGUGAAUGAUGUGGGGGGACGGUCGACGUUUCAGACUGUUACGAGGGCGGAGACGGAGCGGAGGAGUGGGAUUACGGUUAUCCCUGCUGUGGUGCCGAGAUGA